AUGUACGUACCUGUUAACGAAUUCAGCCGAGACGCGACUCGGACGUCGUCAGGUGGGUCGGCUGCUCCGGCCUUCCAGGCAGGCCUCAUGCUGUCCAGGCAGAAGGAGUUGAAGCGACUCCCUGUGGCACCCCUCCAGGACACCCUCAAGAGGUACCUGGACUCUGUGCGGCCCCUGCUUACCGCCGAGGAGUUUGCGAACACCCAGAAGGUUGUCAGCGAAUUUUCAAGGCCAGAUAGUACUGGAACAAAACUGUAUAAAGUGCUAGAGGCCAAGGCUGCAUCCUCAGAAAACUGGCUUUCAGACUGGUGGUUGGAGAAUGCCUACCUGAAAUACCGGAUGCCCGUGGUGGUGUACUCCAAUCCGGGGAUGGCCUUUGGACGCCAAACAUUCCAGACCAAGGAAGACCAGCUCAAACACGCAGCCUUGUUGAUGGCAGGAGCUCUAGACUUCAAAACUCUGAUUGACCGGCAACUCCUCAAGCCUGAUAUGAUGGGGUCAAGCCCUCUGGACAUGACCCAGUACCAGAAAAUCUUCAGCACCUGCCGUGUGCCCCAUCCGGUCUGCGACAAGCUUGACACCUACCUGCUCAGCAGCAAUCCCCCAAAGCAUCUGCUUGUUAUCCACAACAACCAGUUCUUCGCGCUCAAUGCGUACGAUGCCAGGGGAACUCCAUACGACGAGCACCAGCUGUUUGCCCAGCUGCUCCAAGUGGUGGAGAUGUCCAAGAGCCCGGGCCCUGGUGUCGGUGUUCUCACCACAGAGCACAGGGACGUCUGGGCGGAGGCCUUCCAGAGACUCUGCCAGAAUCCCAAGAAUGUGGCGUCGGUGGAAGCGAUCAAGCGGGCCAUCUUUGUGGUGUGCCUGGACCAGAGGCUGGAGGGCACGGAUCCCUACGAGGUGGCUUGUCCCACGCAGAUGCUCGUUGGCGGCCACGACGGAGUGAAUGCAGCCAACCGUUGGUGCGACAAGACGGUGCAGUUCAUUGUGGGGGAGGAUGGCAGCUCAGGACUCCUGUACGAGCACAGUCCCUCUGAAGGUCCGCCCGUGGCCUUUCUUGUCGACCACUGCUACAAAUACAUGGAAAGCAAGGGCAAGUUCCACUGGUCACCACCUGCCACAGGAAACGUUCCAGAGAGACUGGAGUUUGAGGUUGGGCCGGAGACCCUGCAGGACAUUGAAGAGGCCAAGUUGUCCAUUGCAAGGCUAGCGAGUGACAUGGACCUCCUGCUGUACAAGUUUCCCAGUUAUGGGAAGGACUUCAUCAAAUCCUGCAAACUCAGCCCCGACAGUUACGUGCAAAUGGCCAUGCAGUUGGCGUUUUACAAAAUACACCGGGCUCCGGGCGCAACAUACGAGAGUGCCUCGACGCGCAUGUUCCUGCACGGUCGGACGGAAACGAUUCGGUCGACCUCUUCGGACAGCCUGGCCUUCUGCAAGGUUUUUGAGAACUCGGCCUCCAGUGUGGCCGAGAGGGACGCCAGCCUGAGGAAGGCGGUAGAGAACCACAAAAGCUACACCCAGCUGGCGAUCAACGGACUUGGAGUGGACAGGCUGUUCCUUGGUUUGAAGCUGGUAGCGGCCGAGAAUGGAAUUCCGCUUCCUGACCUGUUCAAGGACAAAGGCUUUCAAGUCAGCACACACUUUCGGAUUUCUUCCAGUCAGGUGGCCACAAAAUGCGGUGCCGUUAUGUUCUUCGGUCCCCUUGUUCCGGAUGGCUACGGCUGCUGCUACAACCCCCAGGAACACUCCAUCGGCUUCGGACUGUCUUCGUUCAAGAGCUGCGCCGAAACGUCCGCCCUUCGGUUCAGAGACGCCCUCGAAGAGAGCCUCACGCAGAUGCACGACUGCCUGAAGCUCAGCCAGAAGUCGAAAUUGUAACUUCUGGCAGCUAUGUUACUAGUAAUGCUAGGAAGUUUGAAGUGACGGUCCCAACAGUCGGUCACAAACAACGUCAAAUAUUUCUCACCAUUUGGUCCCAAGCCGUGUGGUAGUCACAAUUGUUAGAUUAUUUAGUGUUUUGGUCACCUGAUAUCUUUUUAGGGACAGGCAGGCUAUGCCAAGUUAAUGGGCAAUCCAUGGACUUCGCAACUGCUUCUUUUUACCUGAUCUGUGGGUGAUACAGGCAAGCUUAUUGCGUCCCAAAAGCACUCACUAAGUGUACUAGCUUUUUAAGUUAAAUAGUUUUUUAAAUUUUCUAAAUUUGACACAGGAACUAGUGUUUUGCUGCUCACAGAGCUGGUAAAAAUUUCUCAUAUUCCUGACUGCUUUGGCAGCCAACAAUACCUAUGCAUAAUUAUGUUAUAUGUGCAAUAUUUACCGACAUUUUGGUGGUGUACUCUGGAAAGCAGUUUUUAUGAGGCCUUGCACCUAAGGAUGUACUAAUCAAUAAAAUAUGGAAAGAAUUAAGAAUAUAUUAA